GUACGUAUGUCACAACAAGCUACAAGCUAGUACAUAUAUCGCUCGAGACUCCCUAGCUUGAGCGCGCCUGCAAUCUGGCCAGGGUGAAUUCAUCCAUCGGGUUAAUCGGGUUAAUCCGGUGAAUCCUUCUCGUGACGACUGGCUCGAACCCCGUGACCUAUCGGAUUUGUGGACUGUAAGACUGGAUCGCGGCAUCGCCCCGGGGUAAUUGGGUGCGUGUGUGGACAGGAUGGUGAUUCCACCGUUGCACUAUUUCCCCGUGGCUACGGCCAUCCUCUUUCCCGUGACCUUCUUGGCCACCUACUCGCUGUCCGUGUUCCUGGGUCACACGGAGAUGGACUGGCCCUACAUCUCGGACACGUCAGCCUAUCCGCCGGAGUCCUGUAUCUUUAGUCAGUUUGUCAAUUUGGGCGCCUUCCUCGUGGCCAUCACCGUCUACAUUCGAUACAAACAGGUCCAGGAGUUCUAUUUGUCCCAUCAGAUGGGCGUGGCCUCGCAUCGAACCAAUCAAGUGGGGCUUAUCCUGGGCUGGAUCGGCGCCUUGGGCAUUUCGAUAGUGGCCAAUUUCCAAGAGACCUCGGUCUUUGUCGUCCACUUCAUCGGGGCCAUGAUGGCCUUUGGCGUGGGCACGCUCUACUUGUGGACCCAGGUAUACGCCUCCUUCAUCCUGUGCUCACUCAGUCAUGGGCGGAUCCUGCUUUAUGGCCGAGCUCUAUUGGCCAUCAUUUGUUCGAUCGGAUUUCCCCUGAUGCUAUCCUGUGGCGUGAUUGCCGCCCAGGAAUUCCGGAAAAAAGACAAAACCAAAUGGCAGCCCGAGGAUGGGGGCUGGGCCUGGCACGUGGCCAGCACCAGCACCGAGUGGAUCAUAGCCACGUGCUUCUUUCUGGUCUUACUGUCUUUUGUGCCCGAGUUCAAAAAGAUCUGGCUGGAUUCGCCCCAGAUCUGCGUGCGCCUGACCCAUCGCGAUGCCCGCCUGUUCGAUGACCCAGAGCAGACCAUAUUCCGGUCGACCUAUGCCGAUUCCGUGACCUCCACCGAGGACAUUCCGGCCGCCGUGGUUCGGGCCUAGAAAAGCGCCAGCUUGUCAGAAUUAAUGUUUAUUUACACUGGGAUAUACUGAAUCAAAACGCGGUGCCCCGA